GAAGCGGGGAAGGUCAAGGGGCUUUUACGCACAGUUGGUGCCUUCUUGUUGACUGCGCACAGGGGGCUGCGGGUCAUUUAUCUGUAACUUCAUUGUGUGGUUCCCGAAUCAGUGGCUUUCGGCUCUAAACAGGAGGAACAAUAUGUGCAUUUGACCUCCAGGGAGUGAGCAGUGUGCGUAAAACGUGUUGGGUUUGCCAUGGCUCUGGAGAGUGCGUCACUGCUGAGAGCGGGGCUUGUGUUGCUAAUGGCAGCUUUAGUCCUGCCAUCAGUGUCCGGGUGCAGCAUACGUCAUUACGAGAUGGUGAUCAACGAAUUCUGCCUGACUAAGUUCGAAAUGGACAUGGUGGGGCUGGACCGAGGGCUGUGGUGCAGCUGGAAGGACACCAUGGAGAUCUACGAGGGGACUACAAACUGCACCUACCAGUUGGCCUUGAAGAUGGACUGCUUCUGGCCCAAUCAGAUAGUGGACCGCUUCUUCAUACAGAUUCACCAGAUCUACUUCCAUGACUGCGCUCUGACAGGCCGGCUCCUCCACGACCCUCCGACCAGCAUCCUCGCCCCGUUCAUCGCCGUGCCGGUGCUGAUCACCCUGCUUAUGACUGCGCUGGUGGUGUGGAGGAGUAAACGCACAGAGGGGGUUUUAUAGGGUCUAAAGCUUGUAAAUACAUAUGGACCUCUGAUGUGAGGCGUAGCAUGUGAUAACAGAUUUUGUAGGUGAUUUUUUUAUGCCUAGAUUAAUCUGAUGCACUUCAUUUUUAUCUUGCAAUUGUAUUAUUCCCAUGAGUGUGUAGAUGGUUGCUCAUAAAGAGCAGCAGGCUGACUUUAAUACGUAAUAAAAUGGUAUUAAAAUAGAA